CUCCCUCUCGCGACUUCUUAUAAAGCUAGCACGAAUACCAGGCCGUCCUCUUCGGGCCGCGCAGUUCUCCGUUGAUGGUUAGACUGUGCGAGAGAAGGAUGAAGUUCCUCGUCGCCGUCACGGUCAUCGUGGGCUCGCUGAUUUUCCUCGCCUUCCCGAACGGCUCCUCCGCCGACGAGAAGAAGAAGGGUCCCAAAGUCACGUCGAAGGUGUUCUUCGACAUUAAAAUUGGAGACGACGAGGUUGGAAGAAUUGUCAUCGGCAUGUUUGAGAAAACCGUUCCCAAAACGGCUGAAAACUUCAUCGCCCUGGCGACAGGAGAGAAAGGAUUCGGUUUCAAGGGCAGCAAAUUCCACAGAGUCAUCAAGGACUUCAUGAUCCAGGGCGGAGACUUCACCAGAGGAGACGGCACUGGAGGCAAGAGCAUCUACGGAGACCGUUUCCCAGAUGAGAACUUCAAGCUGAAGCACUAUGGCCCCGGCUGGCUCAGCAUGGCCAACGCCGGCAAAGACACCAAUGGCUCCCAGUUCUUCAUCACCACGGUCACAACUCCGUGGCUGGACGGCAAGCACGUCGUCUUUGGAAAGAUUCUGGAGGGAAUGGAUGUGGUAAAGAAGAUCGAGGGCACAAAGACCGAUAGCCGCGACAAGCCUCUGAAAGACGUCAUCAUCCACGACUGUGGCAAAAUCGAGGUGGAGAAGCCUUUCGCAGUGCCCAAGGAGUAGAGCGUCACUGGAGAGUACAGGGAAAACAGGACUUGAGGAGGGGGGGUGGGGUUGGGUUGGGUUGUUGAGGGCAAACAUUGCAGGCCAACACUAACAGCCCCGUAGUCCAGGAGAAGGGGCUUCGGGUCAUUCCGUGUCAGUGGCCGCCAUCUGAACGCACUAGAAGAGCAUUAAUAUCAAGCAAUCAUGACACUGACACAACACUCUGGGUCCAUUCACCAACGAGCAUUCCAAGGUGUACUUAACUGUUCGUUAUGCUUUUUUUAGUAAAAAAAAAAAAUGAAAUCUUAAAUAAAGUUUUCAAAUUUUGUUAA